AUGUGCCAGGGAGGCGAUUUUACUGCCGAAAAUGGCAUUGGUGGAGAGUCGAUAUAUGGAUCCAAGUUUGCCGAUGAGAAUUUCGCAAAGAAGCACACUGGUCCUAGUAUUCUGUCCAUGGCCAAUGCUGGACCUGGAACCAACGGAUCUCAAUUUUUCAUCUCAACUGCGAAAACAGAAUGGCUUGAUGGUAAACACGUUGUGUUUGGGCAAGUAGUUGAGGGAAUCGAUGUGGUAAAAGCCAUUGAGAAAGUUGGAUCUGGUUCUGGAAAGACUGCAAAGCCAGUGGUGGUUGCUUAUUGUGGUCAACUACAAUGGUGGCUUCUGAUCUUUUCUUCUCCUUUUGGUUUUAGGAUUUAUAAGAGUAUUUCCGCCUUAAAACUUGCACGGACCCGUGGCAUGCUUCGGGAUACGUUGCUGAAAUCCGAGAAAUCUUCUUCAAUAUCAUGCUUCCGUGGCAUGCUUCGGGAUACGUUGCUGAAAUCCGAGAAAUCUUCACUAUCAUGCUUCCGUGGCAUGCUUCGGGAUACCUUGCUAAUCUCUCCCAGCAGAGAACCAAUUCCCCCAGAUCUGAUUCUUCACUAUCAACAAGAAUCCCUGAUUAUAUAG